GCCAAUUUUGUGAAUGCCCAGCUGGAUAUCCUGGCCCUACUGGGUAUCCUGGUCGAGGUGGUUUACUUGGGGUUAUGGGCCAGCCUGGGUCUAAUGGGCCAACAGGCCUCACCGGAUUACCUGGACCUCCAGGAAUUCCGGGUAAUUCAGGUCAACCUGGACGUAACGGAAUACCAGGCACCCCCGGGACAGUUGGUCCGCCAGGCAUUGCUGGACCAAACGGAACACCAGGCGCUCAUGGGUCCCUUGGAGUAGGGGGGGCUAGAGGGCCUCCGGGAGCAAGCGGAAGUUUUGGUGGCAUUGGUUCAACUGGACAACCAGGAAUGCCGGGUUUGAUGGGAGCCAUUGGAGCCGAUGGCCAAAACGGGGCUCCUGGAGCGCCAGGGCCAACAGGAAUAAUUGGCAUCAACGGAGCGUUUGGCAUACCUGGAAGACCAGGCAACUUUGGCUUUUCUGGUAAGGACGGGGAAGCAGGCGUCCCUGGCGCGGCUGGUACUCCAGGCCCAUCAGGCGUUAACGGAUCGCCAGGCUUACCUGGAUCCCCUGGGUUAGUGGGCAGACCAGGAACCAAUGGAAAACAUGGACAAAAUGGCUCCAAUGGAAAAGAUGGACCCAUUGGAGGGUCUGGCUCACGCGGAGAUCCUGGCCAACAUGGCCCUACAGGAUCAAGUGGACGUGAUGGUAUCAAUGGAGCUAAUGGUGUUAGGGGCAGUGAUGGACUUCCUGGAGUUGAUGGGGCAUCUGGAUCAACUGGCAUGCCUGGUUUAAAUGGAUUACCUGGGGCAAUUGGAUCAAGUGGGUUGCCCGGGUUCCCUGGUCGUCAAGGCGUUUCCGGACCAAAUGGACUAAACGGACAAGAUGGCCCAGAUGUCACUGCCUUUGACAACACAAAAACUGAAACAGAUAGAAGCACUCUGUAUUUAUCUGAUGGAGAAGUCCCCUUUGUUGAAGCCAAAGCUCUUUGUGAUGGCGCUGGCCAAGGGUUUUUCCUGGCUACGUUGACCAAUCAAGAAGAAACUGAUAAUGUUUUCGCUGUCACAGGAGAUAUGGAGGUUUGGAUUGGUCUCAGAGCCGAAGCUGACGUUUCGUGUCAAAACUCUGCUUGUGAUGGCCAAGUCAUGUGGGAAGGCAACAAGGGCUCUUAUAUGCAUGACGACUUUGGGUUUGAGAUUUCUUUUGACGAUGUAGGCUCGACUUGUAUGCGAGUAGUGCUGCAAGUGGACACAGUCAAUCUGAAUGACAGACCUUGUGAUAAUUCCCGGAAAUUUUUGUGCCAAAAAGAUAAACCUAGUGCCUGCCCUCUUUAA